GGAUUGUUCCAUUUUGGGAUUUCAGUGACAAAAAAAUAAAAAUAAAAAUUUUGACGAUUUUGGAUGUUUUGAUUUCAACCAAACAAUAACUGUCAAUCCAAAUCUCCAUUUCAUCAUCAUUCCAAGUUUCAUCAGAUCAUUUACACUAUACUUGAUCGUAUCGUAUCCCAUCAUCCAUCAACUACGUACAUCAGAUCAUCAUCAUUAUUUGAUAGUGUUUAUCUCAUUUGAUCUAUCUCAUUUACACGCCUCACUCACCCCUGACACGUAUUAUCGUUGAUAGAAUCAUAAAUAAAUUAUCCAGCAUCCAAAAUUUCAUCAUCUCAUAGAAUAAAAAGCAUAUAAUCAUCAUCAUUAUCACAUCUACAUCAUCAUGGUUGAAUUAACUGAUUUCCAACGUCAAGAAAAAGUAGGAGAAGGUACUUAUGGUGUGGUCUAUAAAGCCUUAGAUACAAGACAUAAUAAUCGAGUGGUUGCUCUUAAAAAGAUUCGAUUAGAAUCUGAAGAUGAAGGUGUACCAUCAACUGCUAUAAGAGAAAUCUCUCUUUUAAAAGAAAUGAAAGAUGAUAAUAUAGUAAGACUUUAUGAUAUAAUACAUUCUGAUUCUCAUAAAUUAUAUCUUGUAUUUGAAUUUUUAGAUUUAGAUUUAAAAAAAUAUAUGGAAUCAAUUCCUCAAGGAGUUGGUUUAGGGGCUAAUAUGGUUAAAAGAUUUAUGAAUCAAUUAGUUAAAGGUAUUAAACAUUGUCAUAGUCAUCGUGUAUUACAUCGAGAUUUAAAACCUCAAAAUUUAUUAAUUAAUAAAGAAGGUAAUUUAAAAUUAGCUGAUUUUGGUUUAGCAAGAGCAUUUGGUGUUCCAUUAAGAGCUUAUACUCAUGAAGUUGUAACAUUAUGGUAUAGAGCUCCUGAGAUUUUAUUAGGAGGGAAACAAUAUUCAACUGGAGUUGAUAUGUGGUCAGUGGGAUGUAUAUUUGCUGAAAUGUGUAAUAGAAAGCCAUUAUUUCCAGGAGAUUCUGAAAUUGAUGAAAUUUUUAGAAUUUUUAGAAUUUUAGGUACUCCAACUGAAGAAAUUUGGCCUGAUGUUAAUUAUUUACCUGAUUUUAAAUCAACCUUUCCAAAAUGGUCUAAAAAGGAUUUAGCCGAUUUUGUUCCAAGUUUAGAUUCUGAUGGUAUUGAUUUAUUAGAACAAAUGUUAGUUUAUGAUCCAAGUGGUAGAAUUAGUGCUAAGAGAGCUUUAAUUCAUCCAUAUUUCCAAGAAGAUGAACUGGAAAAUACAACUCCAAGUACAGUAGCAUCUAAUCCUGCUGGUCUUGCUGUUGGUGGUGGUGGUGAUAAUUAUGAUAAUUAUCCUAGAUCAGUAAACAUGGGUUAAUCAGUGUUGUGCCUUUAUUCAAUUUAUUUUAGUUUAUCCUUUUAUUUUUAUCCUUUACUUUUUUAAGUUUCACUUCUUCUAUUUUUUAUAUUUGAUUAGUUCAUUCUUAUAUAUAUAUAAUUUCAUCGUUAAAUACAUAAUUGUGGUUUUUUUUUUAUUAUUAUGAUAAAUUUUUUGUAUAUUAUAUUAUGGGAACCGUAUAUAAAUAAAUAAAUUAAGAAUUAAGAAUUAGUUAAAUGAGAUAU